AAGAAGAAGAAGAAGAAGAAGAAGAAAUGAACCCAAAAGUUGGGGAGAAUGGAACAUAGAACACUGCUUAGCAUUGAAUAAUCUCUCGGUGCAGAUGCUGGCGUUGUGACUCUGAUGUCAGUGCACUCAUCAUCAUCAUCUCUCUCUCUCCCUCCCUGUCAACCCAAUUCUCUCUCUCUCUCCCUCUCUCCCUCUCUCUCUAAACUUGGCACAAGCCACUAGGCAAAUGGGAAAGUUGCAUUAUAAAUAGAUAGACACCCCACAUCCUAAAAUGGCCGCAAUUGUAGUAUCUUUAGCCUCUUCACUUGCUUCAACCAGUCCAUCAUCUUCUUCUUCGCUUGUUUUCAGAAAAUUGCGAUCCACCCCCCUUCUGGGUCUCUCUUUUGCAGUUACACCCUUGUGUUGUCGCAGAGGUAAGCGCAUGGCUCACUCUCUCGCUCGCGCCAGUCUCGGUCUCACUCACCCUGUUCAAAUCGACCCCCCUAAGAUCUCUUUUUCUGCAAAAGAGAUCGAUGUGGUGGAAUGGAAAGGAGAUAUACUGGCAGUGGGUGUCACCGAGAAAGACAUGGUCAAAGAUGAAAACCUGAAAUUCCAGAACCCAAUCUUGAAGAAACUGGACUCCCAUUUGAGUGGUUUGUUGGCUGAAGCUUCUUUGGAGGAGGAUUUUAAUGGGAAAGCUGGACAGUCAACUGUUCUAAGGCUUUCGGGAAUUGGGUCAAAAAGGGUUGGGUUAAUUGGGCUUGGACAGUCCUCAUCAACCACCGCUACCUAUCAGAGUCUUGGUGAGUCCGUUGCUGCGGCAGCAAAGGCUUCUCAGGCGAGUAAUGUGGCCAUUGUGAUUGCUUCUCCUGAGGAGCUCUCAGCCGAAUCAAAACUUCAUACUGCUUCAGCGAUAGUAUCUGGAACUGUGCUGGGUACAUUUGAAGAUAAUAGGUUCAAGUCAGAGUCAAAAAAAUCAUCGCUUACAUCUGUUGAUAUUCUUGGUCUUGGAACUGGAUCUGAUCUGGAAAAGAAGCUUAAGUACACUGAAGACGUUUGCUCCGGGAUUAUCCUUGGGAAAGAGCUGGUAAAUGCGCCCGCCAAUGUCCUAACCCCUGGGGUUUUAGCAGAAGAGGCUUCAAAGAUUGCCUCCAUGUAUGGCGAUGUUAUUUCUGCAACAAUUUUGGAUGUAGAGCAAUGCAAGGAACUGAAAAUGGGUUCUUACCUUGGUGUUGCUGCCGCAUCGGAAAAUCCUCCUCAUUUCAUCCAUUUAUGUUACAAACCGCCCAGUGGACCUGUUAAAACAAAGUUGGCUUUGGUGGGAAAGGGGUUGACCUUUGACAGUGGCGGCUACAACAUCAAGACAGGACCUGGCUGUAUAAUUGAACUCAUGAAAUUUGAUAUGGGAGGUUCAGCAGCAGUUUUGGGUGCUGCAAAAGCUCUUGGUCAAAUUAAACCUGCUGGAGUAGAGGUUCAUUUCAUAGUUGCAGCUUGUGAAAAUAUGAUUAGUGGAACGGGUAUGAGGCCUGGAGAUAUUGUCACAGCUUCAAAUGGAAAGACAAUUGAGGUCAACAACACUGAUGCGGAAGGCAGACUUACGCUAGCGGAUGCUCUAGUUUAUGCCUGUAACCAAGGUGUAGAGAAGAUAGUCGAUCUAGCGACACUAACAGGGGCAUGCAGAGUUGCUCUUGGGCCCUCAAUUGCUGGUGUGUUUACGCCUAGUGAUGACCUUGCAAAGGAGGUAAUGGCAGCUUCAGAGGUAAGUGGGGAAAAACUUUGGAGGUUGCCUUUGGAGGAAAGUUAUUGGGAGUCGAUGAAGUCAGGAGUAGCUGAUAUGGUCAACACUGGUGAUCGUCAAGGUGGAGCCAUCACAGCAGCUCUUUUCUUGAAACAGUUCGUUGAUGAGAAGGUUCAAUGGAUGCAUAUUGACAUUGCUGGCCCCGUCUGGAAUGAGAAAAAGAAAACUGCGACCGGAUUUGGCAUUUCAACUCUGGUGGAAUGGGUUCUGAAGAACUCUUCCUAGUCACAUCCUCAGAAUUUCCUCUUUAGGGGAGAACACCACCACUUUGACCUAUGGACACAGGUAAAGGAGAGAUCAUAAGGGGGUCGUCAUUUGGCGCGGUAAUAUAUAUCCCAUCGAAUAAAAUCUUCUUCAAUGAAAGAAUAAGGCAAGUUAUGGGCCGAGGCAUUUGGCUGUCCAGAGUUUUGCUUCGGUAAAAGUUGACUGUUUGAUUUUCUCUUUUUUACUUACCAGAACUAAAAUUGGAAAUGGUUUCUCCUAUUUGAAGGUUUUUCAGAACCA